AUGAAUAAUAAUCUUACAAAUCAAACUACUGGCGCUCAGCCUUCAAUAUCCCAAAAUACUACAGCACAUAUAGAUCUUCCUAUUAAUGCUAUAGCCGAACAUUUAAUCAAUGGUGCCAACCCCUUCACUGAAAUACAACGCACGGAAACUCAAACAGUUCCUCUACAAAACGUACAACUUCCCGACGCUUUCGACAGAAAAUAG